AUGCUUCAGAUAGCCGUGUCGUUUACGCACCCCACCUCCAAGCCCCUGGACGCCAAGUGUAUCGGCGUGGUCAACUGCUCGCGCAAGCCGAAUUGCGCUGCGCUGUUUGAGCUCGUCUCGGACGUGCUGGAAGCAUACAACCUUCCUUGGACCAAUGUUCUGUCCCUGAGCAAUCUUGACAAUGCAUCCCGGGGACGUCUCGACGGGUUUUACGCGCAAGCACGAGCCAAGAACAAGAACAUCCUCGCGUUUGACUCCAUCAACCAUCAAUUGCACUCUGUCGGUACAAAGCUUGCUAAGCUGCCAACUGUCGCUCCGCAAAUGCAGCUACUGAAGAAGCUGGUCAGCUACAUCAACCACAGCGCCGAGCGACGCCAGGCCCUUCUCGACGCACUGGCUACGAGCCGCGCCAGGUCGGCGUCCGCCACCGAGUCGCCGGAGGCUGCGCGUUUGGCCAUUGCGCAGCUUGUGUCUGCUCUCGGUGGUACCCACGACGACGCGACCCUCGACAGUGACGACAAGCCAGAGACGGUGCGCACAAAAAUUCCAACGAUGGGGCCCUCGCGUUGGCAGACCAUCGGUCGCUCCUGUGUAGUUGUCCUUGAACACUACGCGGCGCUUGUCGAGCACUUUUGGCGCGAGAAGGAGUCGAGCACGUUUGGCGCGAGAAGGAGUCGACCGCGUCGCUGCUCGGCACGUUAAACGCGCCAAAGAGUAUUGUUCAAGCCCAUGCGGACGCCAGUGCUUUGCGCACGCAGCUCUCGGCCAAGGCAACGCGCGCUACCUUGUUUGUGCUUCACAGGGUACUGAAAGCUCUUUUGUCGAAGCACUCAGAAUUGAACGCUGCAGAUUUGUGACCGCCUACCUCCUGUGCCAUGCGGGGUACAAAGCUGGUGGAAACUGAUAGGUG